AUGAUGCCGGCAAAAGAAAUUGAUAAAUCAGCAUUACUAUUUUUAGAAGGAAAUGUUAAUGGCCAUGCUACACAUAUACUUAUUGAUUGUGGUGCAUCACAUAAUUUUAUAUCUGAAGAUUUUGUUAAACGUCAUCAUUUCAAAACCAGUCUUAUUCCACGUGUUUUAGUUACUGUUGCUAAUGGCGUGACAUCGUAUAUCGAUCAAGUAUUGCUGGAUUUUGAUUUAAAAUUAGAUCAUUUUAAUGAUAAGAUAACAUCAGCUUAUGUUUUUCCAAUUAGCACUGCAACCAAUUAUGAUGUGAUUUUAGGUGUACCAUGGUUAUUUAAAAAUAAUCCUUGCAUAAAUUGGCAAACACGAACCAUUACUAUUACAACAAAUGGUCACAAAUAUCUGCUUAAAACAACAAAUUUAGAUAGCAAAACUAUCGAUGAUAAAUUUCUCGAUACUAUAGAAAGUACUGAUGAUAUUUUAAUCAAUGCAAAACAACUAUCAAGAUGUAAACAGAUUUAUUUGGUGACGACUAAAAUAACAUCUAAUCGUUAUGUUGAUACAUCAUCAUCAAUCGAUCUACAAAUAAAUCAAUUAUUAGAAGAAUUUGAAGAUGUAUUUCCCGAUGAUCUGAUCGAGUUACCGCCGAAACGUGAUAUAGAUCAUGAAAUAAAAUUAUUCGAAAAUGUAACACCACCAUCACAACAACCAUUUAGAAUGUCGCAGCCAGAGUUAGCCGAAUUAAAACGUCAGCUAGAAAUUUUACUAGAAAAAGGCUUUAUCCGUCCUAGCAAAUCACCAUAUGCUGCUCCAGUCUUAUUUGCGAAGAAAAAGGAUGGGACAUUACGUAUGUGUGUUGAUUAUCGUGCAUUAAACAAAAUUACAAUAAAAAACAAGUAUCCGAUUCCACGCAUCGAUGAAAUGUUAGAUCAACUCAAUGGUGCCAAAUUUUUUUCAAGACUCGAUUUGAAAACUGGUUAUCAUCAAAUUAGAAUCAAAGAUGAUGAUAUUGAUAAAACAGCAUUUCGAACACGGUAUGGAUCAUUUGAAUUUAUCGUAUUACCGUUCGGUUUAACAAAUGCACCACCAACCUUUAUGAGAUUAAUGAACUCUAUAUUUCAUCAAUACAUCGAUGAGUUUGUUAUAUUAUAUCUUGAUGAUAUUUUAAUUUAUAGUAAGAAUGAACAGGAACAUUUAAAUCAUAUUAGAUUAGUUUUACAAUUAUUACGUGCUAAUCAAUUAUAUGCCAAUAGAGACAAAUGUGAAUUCGGUAGUGAUCAGAUUCAUUUUCUCGGUCAUGUAGUAACAUCACAUGGUAUUAAAGCCGAUGAAAAUAAAGUUAUUGCUGUCAAAAAUUGGCCAAUACCACGUAAUUCAACACAUGUACGAUCUUUUCUUGGUGCAGCAGGUUUUUAUCGUCGGUUCAUACCAAACUUUAGUGAAAUAGCAGCACCGCUAACAGAUUUAACCAAAGCUAAUUAUAAAUUCAAAUGGACGAAUAAACAACAUACGGCAUUUCUCACAUUGAAAGAAGCACUUUUAACAGCACCUGUCCUUCGUUUGCCUGAUUUUAAUUUAACAUUUAUCGUGGUCACUGAUGCCUCUCUUACUGCUGUUGGAGGUGUAUUAAUGCAGAAUGAUGGUGAAGGUGAACGACCAAUAGCAUAUGAAUCACGUAAAUUAAAUGAUACUGAAUCUCGUUAUCCGGUGCAUGAACAAGAAUUAUUUGCCAUUAUUAUUUGUUUACGUGCAUGGCGGUGUUAUCUUGAAGGUAUGACAUUCCUUAUACGUACAGAUCAUAAAUCACUACAGCAUAUUUCAACCCAAAAGCAUCUAUCCCGUCGCAUGGUUCGUUGGGUCGAAUAUCUUCAACAAUUCAAUUUUAAGAUCGAAUAUAAAUCCGGAAAAGAAAACCUUGUUGCCGAUGCAUUAUCCCGAUUAUGUUCAUUACAAUUAGCUGUGAUGGAAGAAAAUCAAUAUGUAGAUUGGCCUUUAUUAAUUCCACAUUAUUUAAAACAUGAACAAUUUGAUGCUGAUGUACCAAGUAAUAUUCAAGAACUAAUAAAAAAAGAAUUACAUCUCUUUAUUUAUGAUGAAUCACAUGAAACAUUAUGCCGCAAAUUAAAUGAUGACGAAACAGCUCCAUAUAUACCAUAUAUCUCACGAUUAGAUUUAGUUCUUAAAAUGCAUGAUGCAUAUGGACAUAUAGGAGCUGAUGGUGUACAAGAAUUAUUACGAACAAGAGCAUGGUGGCCAGGUAUGAAUAAUGAUAUUAAAAAAUGGAUUAAAACUUGUAUUAAGUGUCAACUUGCAAUUUGUGGUAAAACUUCAACAGAACCAUUACAUCCUUUAACUCCGGUGCCAUCUUUCCAUCGUUGGAGUCUUGAUUUUAUCGGUCAAUUACCGAUUACACAAAGUGGUAACCGUUGGAUAUUAAUUGCAAUUGAUCAUACAACAAAAUGGCCGAUCGCUCAAGUUGCUCAAAAUGCUACACAAGAAGUUGUUGCAAAAUUUAUAUAUAAAGAAAUAGUUUUAAAUUUUGGGUGUCCAGUAGAAAUACUUACUGACCGAGGUAAUAAUUUUACGACAACAAUGUUAAAUUCAUAUUUCAAGUUAAUUGGCAUCAAACAUAUUUUAACAUCUGCUUAUCAUCCACGGUCCAAUGGUGUUAUCGAACGGUUUAAUCGUUUAUUUGGUGGUAUGCUCGCAAAAUAUGUAGGUGAUAAUGAUAUUAAUAAAUGGGAUGAAUAUGUUGACCGUGCAUUAUUUGCUUGUCGAGCCCGACAACAUCACGCCACAGGUAAAACUCCAUUUUAUAUGGUUUAUGGUGUAGAAGCAAAAUUACCAGGUGAUCAAUUAAUACCUAUUAUUAAUGAUGAUGAACAAAACAACAUCUUAUCUCGUGUACAACAAUUGAAUCAACUAAAACAACAACGUGAUAUUGUCCAUCGACGUCUUAAUUCAAAUGCUAUUCAGAUGAAAAUUUAUUACGACCGUCAAUUGAAACAUCAUGCUGACCAAUUACAAUUGAACGAUUGGGUUCUAAUGCACAAUGAAAACCGAAAAAAAUUCCAGCCUCACUGGCUUGGUCCGUACAAAAUUAAGAAGAUUUGUCCUUUAGGAACAUAUCAAUUAGAAGAUGUCAAUGGACAAGUGAAAUUAGAUUUAGUACACCGCGAUAUGUUAAAACGAGCAUAUAUCCGUUCAACACCAACACAACUAUGGUAUAAGACGUCUCGUCGAACUCGCAAACAUGACCUUGUUUAA